AUGUUCAGACAUUCAAAGUCAUUAAUCCGUUCAAAAGCAGGUAAGUCGAAAGGAACAAUUAUUGAUAUUCCUGGAAAACAAAUAGGACCGAAUCCAAUUAUCAUACCACAGUCUUCGAAUUCACAGGAGACAAAUAAUAGUAAUAAAGAUGUAAGUGGAGGAGAAAAUGAAAAGAGACAAUCAAUUCCUAUCAGUCAAAGAUCGUCACGAAUUCAAGAAAAUAAUGAUUCAACUAUCUCUGUUAUGGAAACUCGGCCACUCGAUAUAAAUGAUAACACAAUACCUUCUACUCAAUAUGAAGCGAAUCCAGAUGUUAUUGUAAUAAACGAGGAAGGGAGCACAAUUGAUGUGGUCAGUCAAGCACCGCAAGAUAUUUUGAUGGAAGCUUCUCAAUUUAUGUCACAAGCAACAACACGUUCUAGCGUGGAACAAUCUAAAUCUUCCGAAGACUUAACGCAAAGACGAUCUCUUCAAAAAUUUCCUACAAGCCCAAAAGUUAUCCUUUCAUUUACCAACGAUUCGGUGGUUAAAUCAUCCUGUUCCUCAAAUUCCAUCACUUCUCACAAAAGUGUUGUUGAAUCACGAGUCGUUCGACAAGAUAGUGAAGAUGCAACAACGUCCCAAAAUACGAUUGUAGAAGAAUCGGAUGUUGCAACUGAAGAUUCAUCAGUCCGAUUAAGGCAACGUAAAACACCCAAUUCUCGUAGUAAGAAACGAACAAGAUCAAAUAAUGAUGAUGAGCAAUCCGAAGAUUCUUCAUUAGCAACAUCAUCAUCAUCGAAACAAUCAAAACGUCGUAAACGUUCUAGUUCUGUUACAUCUAUAACAUCUUCAACUAAUACUGAUGGUUCUACAAAAAGUAAUUCUACAACUACCGGCAAAAAACGACGAGGCAAACCACGUAAACCACGUUCUACUACUCGUAAGCAGCAAACCAAUAAAAGUAAGGUGAAACCUUGGGAAGAUGCUCCUGAAGAUGAAAAUCCUAUUGAUGAUUCUAUAGUUACAAUGGCUGAAUUAUGUAAAGAUCUAAAAAGAGGUCGUAAAUCUAAUACUUAUAAAGAAUUAGAAUAUGCUAAAUAUCAAAAAUCGCAACAAAAGCGUAGGCAACGGACGGUUGCUAAUAAUACUGGAGAGGAUGAUCAAUUGAAUGUAGAAGAAAGUGAAACUUUGAUUUCUCAACAUUUGGAAGAUGAAGAAGGAAAUUGGAUUCAAUAUGAAAAUUACGACGAAAAUGAGGAAUAUCAGCAAGAAAACAUUGAAGAAAAUAUACAAGACGAAAAUUCUAAUGUUCAAAACGAUAAACCAACUCUUAUGAAACGUCGCGUGUUUUCAACGCGUGGUAGUAGAUUUGUAAAUGCGGAUGGACAAUAUACAGUUCGUCAAGAACUAGAUUCGCGGUCACAUAUUUACGAAAAUGACGAAGGAAUGGAAGUUAUAGAGGAAGAUAAAUUUUCUCAUAUUGUAAAUUCAUUUACUUACUCUAAAAAACCAAGAAAAAAUGAAAGAUGGACAAUCGAAGAUACUGAAUUAUUUUUUAAGGCAUUGUCACGUUGGGGAACUGAUUUUGAGAUCAUAUCGAGAAAAAUAUUUAAUAAUAGAAAAUCUCGUGAUCAAGUUAAAAACAAAUAUAAAAGAGAACGUAAAUUUAAUUCAUUACGUGUUUAUAAAGCAUUGGAUACGCGUAUCCCUAUAGAGCCAGAAGAACUGGAAAUUAUUUCCCGAUAUACUGAAGAACUUGCUACGCCGCAAGCAGUCAACAAUACUCAAGAUGCAAAUGCAGAAGCUACUAGUUCAGAAGUACAUCAAGAUAAUAUAAUAGACGUUGAUGGAGAAGGCUCAGCUUUUGGUGUUGAAUUGGAUGAAGAUCAUCAAGGAGAGAUGGGUUCUGUAUUUUCUUUUGAUGGUUAUCCCGAUGCAGAUGAUACUCUACCAAUGGAAAUGGAUUAUUAA